UCCCUCCAAUCAGGGCGGCUUUCCUGAAUGACGUCAGCCGUGGCCCGCCUCUUGCCCUGCCUCUGCGGAAAUGGUGGUCGGGAAGCAGCCCCGCCGCUCAUGGAGGCGUGGCGUUCGCGCCCCGAUCCCGGCUGCCUCUCUUCCCUCGGACUCUGGAAGACUGAGGAGAGGCGGUUUGCGUUUCUGCUCCGCUUGCCUAGUGACUCUGAGCUGGCUUGAGCACAUAUAGAACUGGAUGCCCUUGUAGUACAACUCAAGGCUGAUUUGAAAGCUUGAGAGCAUCGAGAAUUGGAUUUGGGGAAGAGUAUGUAGGAGAAUACUAACCCUGCACAGACGGUGAUGGUGAUGUGGAAUAUACUAAAGCCUAGAACGCACCUCCUAUGCAUGACUAAUAUGUCCUGAACAAGACAUGAAGGCACAGACAGUACUGUCUUUCUUCCUCAUUCUCAUAACAUCUCUGAGUGGAUCUCAAGGCAUAUUCCCUUUGGCUUUCUUCACUUAUGUUCCUAUGAAUGAACAAAUCGUCAUUGGAAGACUUGAUGAAGAUGUAAUUCUCCCUUCUUCAUUUGAGAGGGGAUCCGAAGUCGUAAUACACUGGAAGUAUCAAGACAGCUACAAGGUUCACAGUUACUACAAAGGCAGUGACCAUUUGGAAAGCCAAGAUCCCAGAUAUGCAAACAGGACAUCCCUUUUCUAUAAUGAGAUUCAAAAUGGGAAUGCGUCUCUAUUUUUCAGAAGAGUAAGCCUUCUGGACGAAGGAAUCUACACCUGCUAUGUAGGAACAGCAAUUCAAGUGAUUACAAACAAAGUGGUGCUAAAAGUGGGAGUUUUUCUCACACCCGUGAUGAAGUAUGAAAAGAGGAACACAAACAGCUUCUUAAUAUGCAGCGUGUUAAGUGUUUAUCCUCGUCCAAUUAUCAUGUGGAAAAUGGACAACACACCUAUCUCUGAAAACAAUAUGGAAGAAACAGGGUCUUUGGAUCCUUUUUCUAUUAACAGCACACUGAAUAUUACAGGAUCAAAUUCAUCUUAUGAAUGUACAAUUGAAAAUUCCCUGCUGAAGCAAACAUGGACAGGGCGCUGGACAAUGAAAGAUGGCCUUCAUAAAAUGCAAAGUGAACACGUUUCACUCUCAUGUCAACCUGUAAAUGAUUAUUUUUCACCAAAACAAGACUUCAAAGUUACUUGGUCCAGAAUGAAAAGUGGGACUUUCUCUAUCCUGGCUUACUAUCUGAGCUCCUCACAAAAUACAAUUAUCAAUGAAUCCCGAUUCUCAUGGAACAAAGAGCUGAUAAACCAGAGUGACUUCUCUAUGAAUUUGAUGGAUCUUAAUCUUUCAGACAGUGGGGAAUAUUUAUGCAAUAUUUCUUCGGAUGAAUAUACUUUACUUACCACCCACACAGUGCACGUAGAACCGAGCCAAGAAACAGCUUCCCAUAACAAAGCCUUAUGGAUUUUGGUGCCCUCUGUGAUUUUGGCAGUUACUCUGCUGAUUUGGACAGUAAAAUGUCGCAGAGAAAGACAUAGUGUCCUCCCUACUGAUGAGAACCCUCACCAUGCACCUGAUAAUGGCGAAGAAAACACGGCUCUUUCAGGAAGAGUACAGGAAAUGAGAGAAGACUGUGACAACUCAUGACCUGCAUCCUUAAUAUCCAGUGACUUCAUCUCCCCUUUCUUCACCACAAUUCCAGGCAAUGGCCUGUCAGACCAGACAAUUCUACCACUGCAAAGUCUUUUGUAACCAUUUUCUAAUCACAUUUACUUUUCAAGACAUAAGGAUCAUUCACUGACCCACUACCUGCAUUGAGUCUAAAUGCCUGGAUGUUAAGGAUUCCAAUUUAACUUUGAAAAGAACUGUCUCAUUCAUUUACAUUCCUGUUACAGUCAGCCCAGGAGGUUACAGUGAGGUCUCCACUAAGAAUCUGGAAGAAAUGCAUCACUAGGGGUUGAUUCCCAAUCUGAUCAACUGAUGAUGGGUGAGAGAGCAGGUAAGAACAGAAGUCACCUUAGUGGAAAGGUUAAAAACCAGAGCCUGGAAACCAAGAUGAUUGAUUUGACAAGGUAUUUUAGUCUAGUUUUAUAUGAAUGUUUAUAUCAGGGUAACCAACUCGAUUUGGGAUGAAUCUUAGGGACACCAAAGACUAAGACUGUCAGUACCUUUAAGAUUGCUAGGGAAAAGGGCCCUAUGAACAUAAGAAUCUCUGAAGUUAAGUUACACUUGACCACACGAGGCUUGCAUAGUUGAGUGACUAGCCAUGAAGAUAAUUUGAACUCUUCUGGCUCAAUUGGCAUAUUGCUAACCAAUCUUCUAAUAAAUUUAGAUUUUCAUAUAAAUUUUUAAGCAAGAAGAGGAGGGAGAGCUCAGCUAACCUAAUCUGUUUCCCUUAAUUUUAGUCAUCAAUUUACAUAAAAGAAAAGAAACAGUCUAAUGU